AUGGGUGGAGGAGAUUUGGUAAGUUAAAGUGAAAUUUAGGUUAAGUUUAGGUUUAUUUUACAUAUGUAUUAGGUUAUGCAUUAUAUUGAGUAAACAAAGCAAACUAAGCAAACUAAGUAUUUAUUUUAUAAAAUUAAGAAUUACAUUCAUUUUUUAGAAUUUAAAGAAAUCGUGGCACCCAUCCACGAUGAAGAACAUAGAAAAAGUUUGGAAAGCAGAACAGCAACAAAGUCAGGAGAAAAAAAAGAUAGCUGAACUAAAGAAAGAAAUAGAAAUGGAAAAAGAUCGGGAGGAUAUGAAAAAGUAUGCAAUGGAACAAGGUGUCAUAGAAAAGAAGGAUGACAAAAAAUUAGAUUGGAUGUAUAAAGGACCAAAUCAAUUGAUUAAUAGAGAAGAGUAUUUACUUGGACGACCAAUUGAUAAAUCAUUUGAACAAAUGGUUCAAGUAGAAAAGGAUAAUGAAUUAAAUCAAGCACCAAGAAAUCAUGUUGAACAUGAGUGUAUUCCUCCAUCAUUACGUUUCUUUUCUGGUAAUGAACAAGUAGAUUUAGCAAGAAAAAUGCAAGAAGAUCCUUUAUAUGCUAUUAAAAAAAAGGAAAUGGAAACAAGAAGUCAAUUGCUAAAAAAUCCUGUUAAAUUAAAGCAAUUACGACAAUUGCUGGAACAACAGUCAAAGAAAAGUAAGAACGGAAAAAAGAAGAAGAGAAAUAUACAAGAUAUUGAUAGUGAUGAUGAAGCACAACUGGAUCUAUUGCUGGCUACUAAAUAUAAACAAUUGAAAGAUAAAAUUAGCAAUGACGAUUUAAUAAAAUCAAUGAAAAAGAUAAAACGUAAACAAAAGGGGAAAUCAAGAAAAAAAAAUGAUACUUCAAGUAUUAGCGAAUCAGAAAGUAGCAGUGAAGAAAAUAAAAGUGAUGGUCAUUUAAAAAAGAACAAAAGGAAGAGAAAUAAGAGUAAAGAAAAAAAUACUGAAGUUAAGAAAUAUAGUAAAGAAAAAUAUUUAAUAUCUGACAGAGAUGAAGAAAGAAGGCAUAAGUCGCAUGGAAAAUAUAUUAGAGCACACAGUACAGGUCAAGAAACUGAUGAUAAUUCAAUUCAAGAUAGAAAAGAUAGAACAUUUAAAAGAGAUAAAAGUAAACGCAGGGACAAAGAUUUUCGCUCAAGAAGUCCUCAAGAUAGAAGAAAUAAUACUUAUAACAAUAAGUACGAUACUAAGGAUAGGUAUAAAGAUGUCCCAAACAAAUUAUAUACUCAAAAAGAAACAACGUAUUUUAAAUCAUCUUCUGAUGUAAUUAAAAAACACCAUAAAGAAGAUAGGAACAAAGAUAGAUGGAAUUUUAAAAAGAAACAGAAUCUUACAGAAGAAGAAAAAGAACGACGUAGGCAAGAAAUGAUAGCAAAUGCAACAUGGAGGGAUGAAGAACGAGAGCGAAAUGUUAAAAAAUAUCGUGAAGAGGAGAAGAAAGAAAUGGAUAGUAGAAGAAUAUAUAAUCAAGAUUUUGUUACAAAACAAUUAGCAGCUGCUGCAGAAGUUGGUACUGUUGCUUCUAGAAUUAAAGCUAAUAUAAAUAAUAUACAAAGAUCUGGAAGAGCAAUGGAUACAAAUUUCGCUAAAAGAUGA